UGGAGAGGAGCUCCUGGCAGGUAAUUUGGUGGCCUGAAAGGUCCUAAGUGUCUCCUGGCCAGGGAUGGCUGGCUCUGUCGAGUCUGGUCCCGACAACCUGGCCUUCGCGUAGGUUCUUCGAAGCACAAAUUAGCCCGGAUCAAGCAAAACACCAGCCGCUGCUGGGUCUGUUUUAUGUUACUCACUUCACCCAAUUCUCUUCUGUUGAAAUGAAGCAUUCCUUCCUCUGCCAGUUUCCUAGAGUGCAGAAAUCCAAGCUGGGACGGGGCGGGGCUGACGUGCUGGGGGCGGGACUCCGGGCAGCCCCUGCCUGCAAAUCCCGGGGCUCAGCGACUUGCCGGAGUGCGCUCAGCUGUCAAGCCAUGGGGAACAACAACACGGACGACGACGGUGGGCUGUUGGCCGGGCGUGGGUCAGAGCCCCUGGGGCCGAGCGCCGGACUUGGGGGCGCGGGUGUGGCGGCGCUGGUCGGGGGCGUGCUGCUCAUCAGCUUGGUAUUGGCGGGGAACUCGCUCGUGUGCGUGAGCGUGGCCUCCGAGCGCACCCUGCAGACACCCACCAACUACUUCAUCGUGAGCCUGGCGGCCGCCGACCUCCUUCUUGCAAUACUAGUGCUACCACUCUUUGUCUACUCCGAGGUUCAGGGUGGCGUGUGGCUGCUGAGUCCCCGCCUCUGUGACACCCUCAUGGCCAUGGACGUCAUGCUAUGCACUGCCUCCAUCUUCAACCUGUGCGCCAUCAGCGUAGACAGGUUCAUGGCCGUGACGGUGCCGCUAAGCUACAACCGUCAGGGUCAGCGCCAGCAGCUGCUCAUCGCCGCCACAUGGCUGCUGUCUGCCGCGGUGGCUGCGCCCGUGCUGUGCGGCCUCAACGACGUGCCCGGCCGCGAUCCAACCGUGUGCCGCCUGGAGGACCGCGACUACGUGGUCUACUCCUCGGUUUGCUCCUUCUUCCUGCCCUGUCCACUCAUGCUGCUGCUUUACUGGGCCACUUUUCGCGGCCUUCGGCGCUGGGAGGCAGCCCGGCACACCAAGCUGCACAGCCGCGCACCGCGCAGACCCAGCGGCCCCGGCCCGCCCGUGUCGGACAAUGCUCAGGGCCCCCUUUUUCCAGAACGUCUGCCCCCUUCACCCAGCCUCCUGCAGAGCCCCAUCGGCUCCAGCCAGCCUGAGCCAGGUCUCUCUCAGAGACCCUGCGGCCCUGAGUGUCCGCUCCCGGACGCAAAGCUCCAGCAACAGAACGCGCUGCCUUCCUGCAGGAGGGGCGCCAAGAUCACGGGAAGGGAGCGCAAGGCAAUGAGAGUCCUGCCGGUGGUCGUCGGGGCCUUCCUGAUGUGUUGGACGCCUUUCUUCGUGGUGCACAUCACGCGGGCGCUGUGUCCAGCUUGUUUCGUGCCCCCUAGCCUGGUCAGUGCCGUCACCUGGCUAGGCUAUGUCAACAGCGCCCUCAACCCCAUCAUCUACACCAUCUUCAACGCAGAGUUCCGCAACGUCUUCCGCAAGUCUCUCCGUCUCCGCUGCUGAAAAGGCCACUGCUGUCCUGAGGUCAGGGAGAUCCAAGCCGGUGGGCGGAGUGCGCUGGCGUGUCUGAUUAAACGAAUUAUUUCCUAAUCAUUUAUGAAGGCUGGGGGUUGGGGAGGAGCAAGCAAAAGAGGAGGUAUUUUGGUCUGGGUGAUGGGGCCUGGCUGCUGCUGGCUCAGCUCCAGGAGGCUUCUGAAGUCUCUUCUGCCCCAGGAAGACUAGGAGAACUACUUCAGCUGGCUUUGUUUCCUCUCGACAGGUAAAGUGACCAAGUGUCUAUCUGUGAGAGGAGCUAGAGGAAUUUCUUGGGGUUUCUGUCCAGGCCAGCUCAGUAGGGAGGGCUCUGCUGUCAUUAAAAGGGGCAUGGGCACCAUUUUAGAAGCUUUCUUGAGUACAGUAUAUAUUGUAGCUUCCUGCCAGCCUCUCUCCAGAAGAUACCCUGAAUUUGCAAAGUUUCACUGGCGCUCCAGCGAGUCACAUUCCCAGCCGUUAGUACUUAGUACUCCUCUGAAAGGGAGCCCUACACUCAGAUCCACCCAGGCCGUCUUUACCCCAUGGAUAUCCAGCAGCAGGGUGCAAGGCAGGGCUGAGGGACCCAAACAGCUCCUGUGCUAGGGCUCUUUGGCCAAGGCCCAGUGCAGCAAGAAGAGAUGACUCCUGGCAGGGACAGCACACCCUAACAUUUCUCCCUCCCCGAUCCUGUCGUGGGAGAGAUGGAAGUCAGGACUGCAGAGGGGGGCUUUAGGUUGGGGCCCACAUCAACGGGCACAAAGUGCCACACUGCUCUCAGUACUGAGAAACGAUGAGCUGAGUCCCACAGCGGUGUGCAAAUCCUCCCGUGUUAAAAUAGUCCCUGUUGGAUAAGGGCAAUUCCCCAGCACUGAGGGUAGUUAGUAUGGCCUCAUUGAGCUCCGAACACUUCAAAACUCCCGCUGGAGUCUCUGCUGACAUCCCCGGGCAAGCAUGCUGCUAGGUGUCAAUGGAGUCAUGGGUUCAUAUCUGCCCCCAUAUUGUCUAAUGUUAGUGGAAUUGGGACAUCCUUAAAUUUUACCUCUGGACAGGCUCCAGAGCUACAGAGGAACCCUGUCUUGAAAAAACAAACAAACAAACAAACAAACAAACCAAAAAGAAAAAAAUUUUACCCCAGGAGACUCUAGGAUACCAAGUGUGCCUGGCCUUUGCUGACUCCCACGGAAAAAAUCUGCAGAUUCAAACGUACGGCUGAAACUCAUGUGAGUGGGGCAGAAGUCACGGGAGGCUUGACACAGCUUGGGGAACUGAGCCCUAAGUGCCAUGCCCUGAGACCCUUUGGGUUUCUUCCUUAGAGGAAAGGGAAAGAAAAAAUUGAAUCGAUUUCAAGUUGCAUGUGACAGCCACUGCUCUUGGGCGGUCACCCAUCUUGGUGUUCUGGGGCUUUCACACAGUGCCACUUCUUGGAGGUAGACACCCUGAAUGCCCCCUGCAGGCUGUCCUGUGGUCAGCAGUGACUGUCUGAGGAGCUCUUGGACGCAGAUGACUUUGCCAAGCACUUGUCUUUUUCCUGCUGUCACUGUACAAACUGAGCUAUGCUGUGUAGCUUCGGCCUGCUCUGUAUGGCCUGGGUGGCUGGUUGGAGCUGAGAGCUCCUUGGCCACGAUGGUAGACCAACGAGAGGACGGUGGCAGGUCUAUAUCCCCACAGCAGUACAUAGGACACAACAGAAACCCUUUGGCCAU